GUUGCUUUCAAUCCAUUUUUGUGGCUUGCUUGAUCUGCUAACUAGUUAAGUAACAGUAAGACUGCCUAACUUUCUUUGGCCUGGAAAAAUGUGGUGGAGGUUUAUAAAUGCUUCCAAAUAUCUGACAAGUAAGUAGGAUCUAGCUAUCAUAUAAUCUUUUGAGGGAUAGAAAGAUGGAAAAAGCAGAAGAAGAUCAGCAGUCACCAUUGCUUCCUUCAACAAUGGAACCCAGUGAAUCUAUCAAAAGAACUGGAACCAUAUGGACGGCAAUAGCACAUAUUAUAACAGGUGUGAUAGGGGCAGGGGUGUUAUCCCUGGCCUGGAGUGUGGCUCAGCUAGGGUGGAUUGCCGGUCCAUUGCUUAUGAUAGUCUUUGCUUCAGUCACCAUUGUCUCCAACAACAUCCUCUCCGACUGUUACAGAUACCCGGAUCCAUAUGCCCCAACCCGAAACAGGUCCUAUUUGGAAGCUGUGAAGCUGUACUUAGGAGACAAGCUGCAAACAGUGUCUGCCGUAUUUGUACAUGAGAGCUUGUAUGGCUGUGGAAUUGCCUAUACCAUUACAGCUGCUAGCAGUGUCAAAGCGAUUCAGAAGUCAAACUGUUAUCACACGGAAGGGCAUCAGGCUUCAUGUACAUAUGGAGAUACUUUGUAUAUGCUGAUAUUUGGAGCAGUCCAGAUUGUUGUGUCACAAAUACCAGAUUUCCAUAACAUGCAAUGGCUUUCGGUUAUUGCAGCAAUCAUGUCUUUUGCCUACUCUUUUAUUGGACUUGGCCUUGGAUUAGCCAAAGUAAUAGAAAAUGGGAGUAUUAAAGGGACCUUGUCAGGAGUUGCAACCACUACUGUUGCUGCUAAAUUAUGGUUAGCCUUCCAAGCACUUGGGGACAUUGCUUUUGCCUAUCCAUACUCUAUCAUUCUUCUUGAGAUUCAGGAUACGUUAAAGUCCUCUCCACCGGAAAAUUAUAUGAUGAAGAAGGCCUCGUUGAUUGCCAUCUUAGUCACAACCUUCUUCUACCUCUGCUGUGGUUGCUUUGGAUAUGCAGCCUUUGGGGAUGACACACCAGGGAAUCUAUUGACCGGAUUUGGAUUUUAUGAGCCUUACUGGCUCAUUGAUUUCGCCAAUGCUUGCAUUGUUCUUCAUUUGGUGGGAGGAUAUCAGGUCUAUAGUCAGCCAGUAUUUGCAGUUGCUGAAAGAUGGUUUAGCAAGAAGUAUCCAAACAGUGCAUUUGUGAACAACUUUUACAGCUUCAAAAUCCCAAUGUUUCCGAGAUUUCAAGUGAAUCCAUUCAGGCUAUGUUUCCGGACUGUUUAUGUCAUUUCAACUACAGGAAUUGCAAUGCUCUUUCCUUAUUUCAACCAAGUUUUGGGAGUGUUAGGCGCCUUGAACUUUUGGCCUUUGGCUAUAUAUUUUCCAGUAGAGAUGUACUUUGUACAAAAGAAAAUUGGGACAUGGACCAAGAAAUGGAUAGCAUUACAGGCAUUCAGUUUUGUUUGCUUUCUUGUGACGGUUGUGGGUGUUAUUGGAUCAAUUGAAGGACUUAUAAGUGCCAAACUUAGCUAGGGGAUUCAUGUAAUUUCUUCAUAAAUAAAUCAAAAUGAUUGAAUUAUUAUAUUUACUUUUAUUGAAAAUCAUCCUAAUGAAAUUCAUUGAGCACAGAACGUCUAUGCAGCAAAUGCAGUAGACUUCAGAUUUUCAUAGCU